CGGCUUCCCCGGCCGCGCCCGGCUCGCCUGGCCUGGUGCGGACGGAUGGGGGGCAUGGCCUUACCCGGGCUAGGCGCUGCCACGGGGACCGCCACGUUCCUUCCGGCUCGGUGUUCCGGUAGCGGGUCCCGGGGAGGAGGGCUCGGACCAGAUCCGGUCUCGGGCGAGGUGACAAAUCUGGAACCUGACACCGGAGGAUGACCGAGCUCCUGCUCCUCUGGUAGUGCAAUUACGGACUUCUCACGUUGUCAGUUAUGCAGCUCUGCAACCUUUGCUUGACGGGAGGGAGUUUGAUUUUGAAACUCCUAAGGUUGCAGAGGAUUCUGGUGUGUUUUUAAUCAAGAGCCCUGGCUUUGAUUUGUGGGAAAUCUUGCGUUAACUUCCUCCAUUUCCGGCCUGGUGACCUGGGCCACUUUCUCAUGUUGGCCCAGAUGAUACUCAGUGGCAACAACAACAACAACAAAAGGACAACAAAUGUGGAAACACUUGAUGAAGCGCCUGAAAGGAAGAUGCUCUUUGGUCCCAUCCUAUUCCAGUGCUACUGCUUCUUUUUUUACGGCUUUUUAAAAAAAUAUUUUACUUUAUUUUUUGUUUUGUUUUUCGACACAGGGUUUCACUGUGUAGCCCUGGCUGUCCUGAAACUCACUCUGUAGAUAAGGCUGGCCUUUUACUCACAGAGAUCUGCCUGCCAGUGGUCUUCUUGAACCCAGGGAUAGCCCCUGGGAAACCCUCUCUAUGUGUCCCCAUUUUUUUUUUUUUUUUUUUGUCCUUGAGUGUAUGCUUAAACCUGGGAAGAGGUGGGGGCACCCCAGCCAAGUAGUUCUUGAUCCUAAGGCUGAGGAAGGGCCCUGUAAAGGGAAAUCCCCUUUCCAGUCCCUGGCGAAUUCUGGGUGAGACCUAGGCAGGGGAGUCCCUUUUGGGCCCAGCAGAUUAGUUAACCCCUCUACAUCCUCUCCAUCAGGCAGGGAGGAAGUGAGGUGCUGACUCCCCAGCUCUGGGCAGCUGAAUCCAGGCCAUCAGAUGUGGUAGAUGGCCUUGUUCCUUGUGGCUCACCAUGGCUUAUUGUUUUUCCACCCUUGGGACUGUCAUCCUAUCCCUGUCUCAUACCUUGAAAUUUGUGACAGCCUAACCUCCAUGGGGUGGUUCUUUCUCCAUUUCUAUUCUGUCUUUUUCAUACUGUACCCCACAUUCUCUUCCUCCAGGGUGGCCCUGGGAUUGAGCCCCUACUCACUCCUUAGCGCCAUGUCAUCUGGAGCUCCUACCUAUACUGUACAGUAGAAUCAGCUCUUGGUUGCAGGGCUUUGCCUUCCUGUCUUGGGAACUCUCUAGAAUGUAGGUCAGUACUGGUGAAGACUGUGCUCGUCCUUACCUGCUCCAGGAGGUCAAACCUUACAAACCAGUGAGUGGUCCACCUGCUUCUUGGCUCUCCAGUCUACAGGAGCAGCUGGGAAAUGGCAGAAAGGCGAUGGCAAGAAUGAGGGACACCACGGCCACCAUGGACAGAGGCCAGCCCCUGCCCCUCCCUGGUGACUUGGCUGCCUUGCUGGGCCCUGAAGGCUGAGGGGAUGCUUUGAGUGUUGAGAGAGUCCUGUUGAACCAUCCAGAGUGAGAUGCCCUGUAUCCAAGCCCAAUAUGGAACACCAGCAACAAGCCCAGGACCGCGUGACCACCUGACAAGUGACCCCCUGGCCCUUGAGUUCAGCAAGCCUACCAUGGACCUGGCCAGCCCCGAGGCAGCACCCACUGCACCCACUACCCUGCCCAGCUUCAGCACCUUCAUGGACGGGUACACCGGAGAGUUUGACACCUUCCUAUACCAGCUGCCGGGGACAACCCAGCCAUGCUCCUCAGCUUCUUCGUCAGCCUCCUCCACAUCUUCUUCCUCAUCUUCGGCCACCUCUCCCGCUUCUGCUUCCUUCAAGUUUGAGGACUUCCAGGUGUACGGCUGUUAUCCCGGCACCCUGAGUGGCCCGUUAGAUGAGACCCUGUCCUCCAGCGGCUCUGAUUACUAUGGCAGUCCCUGCUCAGCCCCCUCGCCAUCCACACCCAGCUUCCAGCCACCCCAGCUCUCUCCCUGGGACGGCUCAUUUGGUCACUUCUCCCCCAGCCAGACUUAUGAAGGCCUUCGGGCAUGGACAGAGCAGUUGCCCAAGGCUUCUGGGCCCCCCCCACCUCCAACCUUCUUCUCCUUCAGUCCCCCAACUGGUCCUAGCCCCAGCCUGGCCCAGAGUUCCCUGAAGUUGUUCCCACCACCAGCCACCCACCAGGUUGGGAAGGGAGAGAGCUAUUCCAUGCCAGCAGCUUUCCCUGGCUUGGCACCCACUUCUCCGAACCUUGACACUUCUGGGAUUCUGGAUGCACCUGUGACCUCCACCAAGGCCCGGAGUGGGGCUUCAAGUGGCAGUGAGGGGCGCUGUGCCGUAUGUGGAGACAAUGCUUCCUGUCAGCACUAUGGGGUCCGCACCUGUGAGGGCUGCAAGGGUUUCUUCAAGGUAUUUUACCACGUGUUGAAGUGGGGAUGGAGUGGGUGGUCACGUUGGGAUCUGGCACGCCGCUCUCUAGGGCUGCAGAAAGCUGGGGAAGGGGGCAGAAGGUGUGGCCUGUGGUGGUGUGCAGGAACAGACAUUCUAGUGGGCAGUCUCUGGUUCUCCCCUGCUCCAGCCCUCGCCCUGGUGGCAAGGGGGCCACAGGCACUUGUGUUCCUGGCACGGGAUGAAAGGAUUCAGGCAGAGGGUUUGUUCCCCAUCUUUUACUUCUCAGAAGUGGUGUGUACAGUGUGGGCAAAAGACCCCUUCUCCAGGUUCCUUUAUUUUCUUCCUCAAUACUGUUUCUCUGCAGUUGUCCGGACAGACAGCCUAAAGGGCCGGCGGGGCCGGCUGCCUUCAAAACCCAAGCAGCCCCCAGAUGCCUCCCCUACCAAUCUCCUCACUUCUCUUAUCCGGGCACAUUUGGAUUCCGGGCCUAGCACUGCCAAGUUGGAUUAUUCCAAGUUCCAGGAGCUAGUGCUGCCCCGCUUUGGGAAGGAAGAUGCCAGUGAUGUUCAGCAGUUUUAUGACUUGCUCACGGGUUCCCUGGAUGUUAUCCGGAAGUGGGCAGAGAAGAUCCCUGGUUUUGCUGAGCUUUCCCCAGGAGACCAAGACCUGCUGCUGGAGUCGGCUUUCCUGGAGCUCUUCAUUCUCCGCCUGGCCUACCGAUCUAAGCCGGGUGAAGGUAAGCUCGUCUUUUGCUCAGGCCUCGUGCUACACCGGCUACAGUGUGCCCGAGGCUUUGGUGACUGGAUUGACAGCAUCCUAGCCUUCUCACGGUCCCUGCAUAGCUUGGCUGUUGAUGUCCCUGCCUUUGCCUGCCUGUCUGCUCUGGUCCUUAUAACCGACCGACAUGGGCUACAGGAGCCUCGGCGGGUGGAGGAGCUGCAGAAUCGCAUUGCCAGCUGCCUGAAGGAGCACAUGGCUCCUGUGGCAGGAGAGCCACAGCCAGCUAGCUGCCUAUCACGCCUGCUGGGUAAAUUGCCUGAGCUUCGGACCCUCUGCACCCAAGGCCUGCAGCGUAUCUUCUACCUCAAGCUGGAGGACUUGGUGACCCCUCCACCUAUUGUGGACAAGAUCUUUAUGGACACAUUGUCUUUCUGAUCCCUACCCUGAACACGUGUGCACACAUGUGUGUGCUAUUAUGUCACCCAUGUGCCUUUAAGCCCAUAGCCCACGGACCCCCAGAGCACCCCAGCCUGGUUUUGAGCUCAGACUGACUCUUCUUUACUCCAGAAGAUGGACAGGGAGCUCAGGACCUGGGAGGAGGGUGUGCAUUCAUGGGGGUGACCCCACUGUUUGUCUUAUCCUUGUAGCUUAGUCAUGGCCUUCGUGUUUUUUUGUAAAUAAAACAUUUUUAACACAUACCAUCCUGCUGUAAAUAAGCUGAAGUUGCUGUAAAUACAGAAAGGAAGAGGUUGAAGUGGGGGUUGGGAGGAAGGGUCGGGGGGCCCCUCACCAGCCUGGUCAAGCCUUUCAGUCUCCAGCUUGAGAUCUCUUCUAUCUUCCUUCCACAUGUAUAUAACUGUCACUCAAGGUGAAUGGCAGGUUCUGAUUUAUAUUUGUGUAUUUUUCCUGGAUUUAUAGGAUGUGACUUUUCUGAUUAAUAUAUUUAAUAUAUUGAAUAAAAAAUAGACAUGUAGCUGAAA